UAAUACACUACUUUCGUUUCUUUUGGUUGUAAUAACAAUUUGGUUUGCGUUUUUGCUGUGCGCGUGAAAAAGUGCUCGUGGUCAAGCAUGACUUUUCAGCUCCUGCGACGAACCUUCGGAGGGCGCUUCCUGCCAAACCCUAGGGCCUUCUCAUCCGCUGCUUCCUCCCCGAUCCGCGCCACUCUCUUCCCCGGCGACGGCAUCGGCCCCGAGAUCGCUGAUUCCGUCAAAAAGAUAUUUGAAGCAGCUGAUGUCCCAAUAGAAUGGGAAGAGCACUAUGUGGGAACUGAAAUUGACCCUAGAACGCAAAGCUUUCUCACAUGGGAAAGUUUGGAAUCUGUUAGGAGAAACGGGGUUGGCUUGAAAGGGCCAAUGGCCACCCCUAUUGGAAAAGGACAUCGCUCAUUAAACCUUACACUCAGAAAAGAGCUCAAUUUGUAUGCCAAUGUUCGGCCUUGUUACAGUCUUCCUGGCUACAAAACUCGAUACGAUAAUGUGAAUCUGAUUACAAUCCGUGAAAAUACUGAAGGCGAGUACAGUGGACUUGAACAUCAGGUUGUGAGAGGUGUAGUGGAAAGUCUCAAAAUCAUUACACGCCAAGCAAGUUUAAGGGUAGCUGAGUAUGCUUUUCACUAUGCCAAGUCUCAUGGAAGAGAGAGGGUUUCUGCGAUACACAAAGCCAAUAUUAUGCAAAAGACUGAUGGUCUUUUCCUCAAGUGUUGCCGUGAGGUUGCAGAGAAAUAUCCUGAGAUAACUUAUGAGGAAGUUGUCAUUGACAAUUGCUGCAUGAUGCUUGUGAAGAAUCCUGCACUUUUUGAUGUACUAGUGAUGCCUAAUCUUUAUGGUGAUAUUAUCAGUGACCUGUGUGCUGGCUUGAUUGGGGGAUUGGGCUUAACACCGAGCUGCAACAUUGGUGAGGGAGGUAUUGCACUUGCAGAGGCAGUACAUGGUUCAGCACCUGAUAUUGCUGGAAAGAAUUUGGCAAACCCGACUGCUUUACUGCUGAGUGGUGUUACAAUGUUGCGCCAUUUGAACCUCAACGACAAAGCGGAACAGAUUCAAAACGCCAUCCUCAAAACAAUUGCAGAAGGGAAGUACCGAACUGCUGAUCUUGGUGGCAGUUCAAAGACAACUGAAUUUACAAAAGCAAUCAUUGAUCAUCUUUAAAUUUUGGUUUGGAGUCAGCAAGAAAUUCUUGCUUAUGAUUUUGGUUUUCAGUCAACUUUCUUUUGAUUUACCCUUAUUUAUCCGAAAAAAAUGGAAUUACCUGAUCUUAAAGGAAAACUCAACUAAGUGUGUGACAUUUUACCAGACAAGGAAUGGGCAAGCAUUGAAAUAUUGGCUUCCCACUGCAGUCUUGUGGCAUUGAGAGGGACCCCUUCACAAUGCACAUUGAUUGAUAACCCUCGGUAGUCCUUUUUAGUAUUCUUUGUCAAUAAUAUAGCACUAAAUAAAAUCACCAGAUGAUGUUUCAUUUGUUCA